AAACUGCACUGUCAAUAAUGUCUGAAGCUGCCGUAACCGUCCGCGUGAGAAAGUUUAUGAGAAACCCUCUGUUGAAGCGUCGCCAGAUGACCGUCGAGGUGAUUCAUCCCAAGCGUGCCUCCGUGUCCAAGGAUGAGCUUAAGAACAUCCUUUCCAAGAAGUACAACGUGAAGGAUGAUAAGUGCAUUAUCCUCUUCGGAUUCCAAAUUGCCUUCGGAGGUGGUCGUUCUUCUGGCUUUGCUUUGAUCUAUGACUCGCUCGAUGACGUGAAGAAGUUCGAGGCUAAGUAUCGUCUUGCUCGUUUCGGCAUUCAGGAGCAUACCAGACAGGGUCGUAAGAUGCUGAAGGAAAAGAAGAACCACCAGAAGAAGAUCUGGGGAACUGGCCGUCGUGCUGCUCUGCACAAGGCCAAGAAGGCUCAGGACGAUUAAGCUUGACUCGUUCUCUGUUGUAUGGUGUGGUUACAACU